CUACUAAGCUAAUGUCAUACAAAAGUAGUCGCCUAUAAGUGCGUCAUCUACUGCAGCAAUCAUUGACGCAGCAACUUAAGGAAAAGUGCCUUGCUCAUUCCAUAGGAAUCCAUAAUGUAUCCAUUUUGUUAUGAAGUGGGUGGGUCAAGGUGGCGUGUCUCUUUAACCUUUUUGAAGGACGCAGCAGCUGUAUUUAUUGACGUAUGCAAAUGUUCAGGGGUGGUUCUAGUGAGAAAAAAACAGGAACAAGAAUCAGUUUCACAUUGCAGUUCGGAGUUGCUUGGUAAAGGAAAGGAGAACGAUACGUGGCGAAUAUUGGUGAAUGUCGGUGUCCUCCACGUGUAUUUCCCGCAUAGCCUACAUCUGAGUGGAGCGCUGGCGUCCGAAAGGCUCAGCAAACCAUGCAGGAUGAUUUACUGAUGGACAAAAACAAAGCCCAACCUCAUCAGCAGCAAGAUCCAACAGUAGAACCUCCCUCCACCCCGACCCCCUCGGAACCCCCUACAUCAGAGGAGAGCCUGUCGAGUGUGAGCAACCAAGCAGCUUCAGCUCUCAAGAAAGAGAAAGUGCCGAUGGAGUCUCCGAUCCUGCCAGGUUUGAAUUUUCAUCAGCAGCAGGAAACCGGUGGCACCCUGUCCCCCUCAUUUGGUAGCACUUGGUCCACUGGAACCACGAACACCGUGGAUGACAAUUUUUUUCAAGGAAUACCCUCGGUGAACGGAACAAUGCUUUUCCAGAACUUCCCCCACCACGUCAAUCCGGUAUUUGGAGGCAAUUUCUCACCUCAGCUUGGCUUGGCACAGUCUCAGCAUCCUCAGCAGCAAGCCCAGCAACAGCAGCAGCAGCAGCAGCAGCAGCCGCCACAGCAACGGAGAUCCCCUGUUAGCCCCAACCAAGGUCCCUUUCCACAGAGAAACGCUUACAGUCACCAGUCUGUCAUUAAUAGCAAGGCUUCUUCACCUGCCUCAUCUUCGGGUUGGAAUAAUCACCAAAAUGCCGCUUGGAGCACAGCAUCCAAUCCUUGGAGCGGUCUCCAGGCAGGCAGGGACCCGCGGAGAGCUGUGGGAGUCGGGGUUGGUGUGGGGGUCGGUGUAGGGGUGCCGUCUUCCAUGAACCCCAUCUCCCCGAUGAAAAAGCCCUAUUCUAGCAACGUUAUAGCACCCCCAAAAUUCCCGAGAGCUGGUCCCCUCACCCCGAAAUCUUGGGUGGAGGACAACGCCUUUAGGACGGACAACAGCAACAAUAUGCUGCCUUUUCAGGACCGGAAUCGGCCCUUUGAUGCAUUUAGCUUGCACUCUUUGGAGAAUUCCUUAAUGGAUAUGAUAAGGACUGACCAUGACAAAGGUAAACCACACCCAGCUGGUGGCCCACCAAUGACUAUCGCUGAUAUUAUAUGGAGGAAACAUUUUGCAGGACGCAUGGGUCUGAACUUUCACCACCCCGGAGCAGAUCACAUCAUGCCAUUGAACACCAGGAGCUAUGGCCGCAGAAGAGGUCGCUCUUCACUCUUUCCCUUUGAGGACGGUUUCCUGGACGACGGGCACGGUGACCCCUCUCUGACCCCGGGGUUGAACUCGCCCACACGCUGUCAAAAUGGAGAGAGGAUGGAGCGCUACUCCAGGAAGGUGUUUGUCGGAGGUCUGCCCCCUGACAUAGAUGAAGAUGAGAUCACCAACAGCUUCCGUCGCUAUGGACACCUGGUGGUGGAUUGGCCCCACAAAGCCGAGAGCAAGUCCUACUUUCCACCUAAAGGCUAUGCCUUCUUGCUGUUCCAAGAGGAGACCUCUGUCCAGGCCCUGAUUGACGCCUGCAUCGAGGAGGACGGGAAGCUUUACCUUUGUGUCUCCAGCCCAACUAUCAAGGACAAACCAGUCCAAAUCCGCCCCUGGAACCUGAGUGACAGUGACUUUGUGAUGGAUGGUUCCCAACCGCUGGACCCCCGCAAGACUAUAUUUGUGGGGGGCGUGCCCCGGCCUCUACGUGCAGUGGAACUAGCUAUGAUCAUGGACAGGCUGUAUGGGGGUGUGUGCUAUGCCGGUAUUGACACUGACCCGGAGCUCAAGUACCCCAAGGGGGCGGGCCGUGUGGCCUUCUCCAAUCAGCAGAGCUACAUCGCCGCCAUCAGUGCCCGAUUUGUUCAAUUGCAGCACAAUGACAUUGACAAACGGGUGGAGGUGAAGCCGUACGUCCUGGAUGACCAGAUGUGUGACGAGUGCCAGGGGGCGCGCUGCGGGGGGAAGUUUGCCCCCUUCUUCUGUGCCAACGUCACCUGCCUGCAGUACUACUGUGAGUACUGCUGGGCCAGUAUUCACUCCCGGGCGGGCCGAGAGUUCCACAAGCCACUGGUGAAGGAGGGGGGUGACCGCCCUCGACACGUGUCCUUCCGCUGGAGCUGAGGGGGUCGAGAUAAGCCCUGCCCCGUGACCCCACCCCCAACUGCCCCUCAACCCCCUUGACCGGGACAGCGCUACACCCCCCUCACCACCCCUGCUCUGCCCCCCCUCCCCACCACCUCAACAUCAGUGAAGAGGAUAACUACAAAAACAUGGGGUCUUUCUUUUUCAAACAACACCGCUUGACUACAAACUCAUUGUCCAGUGUACCCUUAUGAUGACAAUAGGGUGAAAAAAAUUAAUCUGCUUAGAAUUUGCACUUUGGCUCAAAACUCACUAAACACACAUGGGAUGGGAUGUUAGCAAAAGCCUGAUUAUGUUCAUGUCCCCUGUUCCAUGACAUGGUGGGUCAGUGUCUCCUGUAGGACCCCACUGAGCUGAGGCAGAAGUGAGAUUAUACAGUUACAGUACAUAUAUAUUUAAAAAGUAUAUAUAUUUUUUGUUUUAAAUAUAUCUAUCUAACAUAUAAAGAUAAUUAAAUUCUAUGGGAAAGGAGCAUGCACUUAUUUAAAAUAAUGUUUUAGGAUAUUGCCCCUUAUAUUACCAAAGGCAAAAAUGAAAUCCAUGCAUACAGAAAAACUAAAUAGGUGGCAUAAGAUGUAGCAAGGAUAAACAAUUAUCCAGUAGCGUGGGCCAUAGAAGCCCAGAUUUAAAAAAACACGGCUAUAUUUGCUCUCCAUUUUGACUCUGAAAAUAGUCAAAUGAAAACCUCCAUAAGGCACAAUCAGAUUUUGUUUAGCUUUUGGUUUGUAGGUCUUAAUUUUUUUAGGACAUUAUUUUCUAGUGUUAUGUUGAUGUAAUGCUGCAAUAGCUUUUGCUGCUAAAUAGUACUUUUAUUCAGGCUAGGGUGUUAUAACAACUAUGAUGGCACCUGGUGUUAAGGAUGAUGACAGGCUAUCAUAGGGAGAGGGAUGUCCCUUGUGAUGCCUAGUAUGAUGUGGGGUGGGGGGUCGCCCCUAACUGCAUGUUCUUUUCAAUCAGGUUGCUGCAUGCAAUAGAAUUUCAGUAUCAUGUCUACUAUUCAAUUCUGCCCAUGUUUGCACAACACAAUAUACAUGUACGUACAACUAGCAUGAAACUGGACACAACAGGGAAGACCGACUGGUAAAAGAAUCCAACACCUCCAGUGAGAUAUAAGUUAAUAGCCACAGGGGCAGUAUGAGCAGACUGCUUCUGCACAAGGUGGCUAACAUAACCAGAUGACGAAACCUUAAUAUUAAUCAUGAAUCCAACUAGAUGUAGGAAAUAUCAUUUAAAACUGUCUAUGAUAGGUGAAGUACUUUUUUGCAGUGAUUGUUAAUAUAAUUGUGCAAUUUUUUAUACCGUAUGUAGUUAGGUCUGAGUAUGCCUAUAGAACUGUGAUUCGCUUUAAGUGUUGUUAAUGUCCGACAUAGAAGUCCUGUGAAACUUCAUGAACUAGUGUAUGCACACGUAUAUACGUUCUCUCGUACACACAUACACACUGACAUUACACAGAUGGUUCUCUUUCUCUUACACAUACAUACAUACAUACAUACAUACAUACAUACAUACAUACAUACAUACAUACAUACAUACAUACAGACCUAGUGCGCACACAAAGUUUGACCCAAAUGCACAGAACAUAUGACACACAGACUUACGUGAGCUUGACUCUGAGAAACACAGAACUGCUGUCUGUACUGUUGACAAGAUCAUGUCCCCAAAAAACCAAAGAGCUCACAUAUGUUCAACUUAAACCACCAACACAUACGGAGACCACAGAUGAUACUGUGCGAAGCAUCAAGCCCUAUGCCUGUGGGUUUAAAGGUGCAAGUUAGAAACAGUUGUACUGUUAUGGUCACAAGGCAUAUGAGACAGUGAUGAGAAGACAGACAGAACAUUGAAGCUACUGGAGACUUGUGGUUUAGUCAACUGAGCUCCUUCUCAGCCUGCACAUAACGUUCUCUCAACAUGGCUACAGGGUUUUAAUAACAUUGCCAGAACAUUGUGUGCUAGCUGGGAUUGACCAUAUUUAUCCAGAUUUUCCUGCAAAGCUUGAAGUAGAAUAAUGACCUGCUAAAAUGGUGGACAUAUUUUUUUAAAUAAAAAGGCUAUGGUAUGAGGUGCAGUUGAAUAGGAUGGGAGGGGGGUGGGGUGGGAGGUAUUUGGUAGUUAUGAAUGCAGCACAAAUAAACAAAGUAUUGGCUGCUGGGGUUGGUUUGGGUUUGAGCGGUGGAGUUUGGGGCUAAGUUACACUGGUUUUUAGCAGUUUUGUGGAGAUUCCAGUCUGGAUCCUACAACAUUGCGAGUAGAUGUGUCUCCUUUUCUGUGUGUCGCGAUUGUCCCGUGCUGGCACCCCGCCGUCCUCUCUUGGUUUUAGUCGCAAAACUGUUUGCUUUAGGACAAACAUUUUGUUUGUUUCUGGUAAAAGUAAACUAAUCUAAACCGAAUAUACUUUUUUAUUGAUAGAAAAAAAAAGUCUACAAAAAAAAGGCUAACCAUGAGUAAUAAUAAGUAUCCCUAUUUAAGUGAAUUCUGGGUGUUUUUGUGAGAUGUCUUUCCCCGUCCAGAAGGGUUUUCUAUGUUUGUUCCUUCUCUAUAAUAGACGUGUUAUGCACUACUCUUUGUAUCUGGACAGUUUAACAGUCAGCUAUUUUUUUUGUUGGGAGAAAAACAAAAAGUGUGCUUUCUGACUGACAUGAUCUUUUGCAAUACCUCAAUUUUGAAAUAUAUUAGGAGAGAAAUUGAUAUUUUCUAAGUAAGUUUAUUCAAAUAAAAAAUAUAUAUAUAUUAAUUUAAUUCUGCCAGAGAUGAUUUAACAGGUGGUUGAUUUUAUUUUUGUCAUGCUUAUUUGCUUUUAUUUUAAAUUUUAUUUUUUGAAAAAACAACAACUGAAGGAGCUAGAGCUUUAUAACUUUAAUAUAAUGACGUUGUUAGCUGAAGUACAGAGUCUACCUUAUUACAGAGGAGGUUAGAGUGAGUUUCCCACUGGUCCCGUGGAAGCACGGAGUCACCAAGACAAAUAUAAAAUGAGUAGUAGUGUUCCAGGGAAAACAUUAGUCCACAUUUUUUGGGGGUGAACUGAAGAUACUUCCCUUAUUUUGUAUAUUUAUAAUCAGUCAUUUACUAUGCUGACCAGAAUUGUGAAAGAGAUCUUCUGUUCAUGUUAUUUUUUAAGAAAACUUUUUUAUGUUUCCUAAAAGUAUGUGCUCCAUUUUGUUUUGUAAAAGCAACAAACCCUGAUUUUGUUAGCCUGAGAUUGUUUAAAACAUAGACUUUGAGCAGAUGAGGUGGAGAUAAAGGAAUGUUUAAAAAAAUAUAUUAUUAAGAGAUAGUGUUUCAACUGUAACUUGUUCGAAAGCCCCCAAGGUGCAUCAAUUGAGUGGUAGCCUUCUAUUCACGCAAGACUUGAAUUAGUCCCUUUUUUUUAAGGCUAAGAACAUCGAUUAUUUGUUGUAAUGUGCAAUACUGUUUGUACUGUUUGUAAAAAAAAAAAAAUGAAAAAGAGGCAAAUCUUUAUUGCAGAUUUAUUUUCAUUGCAAGCAUUGUGAUUCACUAAAAUCAUUUUCUACUGUGUAUUUACCUACUCUACAUGCUAGUACCUUCCAGUAGUAAUGUAGCCUUUGUACUGAGAAAUUUUUCAUUGUUUUUUAGAGAUUUUUGCUAAAAAAGAAAAUAAUUUAAACAUAUUUACGUAUUUUUAUUUAGUAUUUUCUUUACAGACUUAUUUCUCAACCAUUAAUAGUUAUUUCUGGGGGAGACUUUCAUAUCUGGUCAAUGUCAUUAAUAUUAUUUUAUAAUUUUACUUGGAAUAAAUUCAUUUUAUGACGCAAAUUCUUUAAAAAAGUACAUAUUUUCAUUUGUUCACUUAAUUUUAUUUUUGGAAGCUGAAAAACCUUUGUAAUAUUGUUACUUAAGUGUCUAGAUUUUUUUAAUGCAAAGCUUAAUGUGUUAACUUGCUGAUGUUGCUUACAUUAGUGUGACGAUGAUUUAAGGAGAGAAAAAAAAUACAAUGACGGUUGGUAUUGUUAAGUGAUUGGCAAUGUAAAACAAAUGAACGGGCAAUAAAAUAAAAAGGCAGAAUGUGGUAUGUUGUGAUGUUGUGGAAGCUGGACAAUGCUACUUACCACUCCUACUGCUUCUGCUACUACUACUACUAUAACCCCACCUUGUAUAGUCAAUAACAUUACUGUCAAUAACAUUGUAUGGCCAAGAUGUCACAACAAUUUCACUGAUUUGAAACAUCACAUGAACUCCUUUUAAAACUUUAAUCAUGUUACAUGACCCUCCCUUUAGUUUCAGAUGGUGGGUAAACCCCUGUAGGAACCUGAAAAGUGGCUAUGUGCACCAGUGAGAUUGUAUUUAAGAAUGAAUAAAUGUUAAGAUACACCGUAUAAUUAAGUGGAGGGUGUGACUUGUUAGAAUUUAUUCAUCAUAAUAGGAGGAGGCAUAGAUCUAAAUCUUAGACAUGUUUUCUUUCUGUCACCAAACCAGCUAGAUUGCUUUAGUCACAGUUUAGUGUAUGUGUACGAACUGGCCUUAGAUUAAAAUUUGAGCCAAGAUGCACUUUAACAACCUCUUUGAUAUUAUGUGGUGCAUUCUUAGGGGAUGGCAUUAACCUGAUUUUGCCCUCAUUUCCAUAGACCAUUGCUCCAUAUGAAGUGUAGUGACAUCACCACUUGCUGUACCAUAGUAUGGUCAUCAAUAAGUGGAAAAAAAACACCAAUGCAAAUGCUGGUCUGAGAAUGUUAUUUCUAGCUUGCCUUUUCUACCAGUUUGUACAGGUGGUGUUCUACUAAUUAACUGAAUCUCGUACUAACCCAGUGCUUUCUCCCAAGGGUCAUUAUUCCAGUCAUACCACCAAGUAUUUGUGUAGUAUGUAUUAUUACAUUUGUUUAUUUAUCUGCUAAGCAAACAUUUUAUACCCUGACAAUAUUAAACAACUAUGUGCAACUGAAAGGGACAGUUAGGCUAAGAUUUGGUAGGAUGGAAAUCAUGUGUGGUGAUGGAAGAAAUUUAAUAUAAUCCUCUCUUUAAAUAUACCUAUAUAUUUAAUGUAACACUAGAUUUGGAUAGUAUAUAUUCACUUAUGCUUCAUGAAUGUUCUCUCUGGAUAAUCAGUAGGCCCUUCAUCAUGUUGUGAUCUCAAAAAAAAAGAUUCAAAACCUGCUCAGUUUUUUUUUCUCAGACAAAAUCACUACUUUUAAAAUGUACUUUUAAAAAGUGAACAGUGUUUGUUCAUUCAUUUUUCAAAGUUAUAUUUUUUGUUUGAUUACUGGUUCUAUCUUGACAAGGCUUUGAGAUUGUUGACUUGGACCUAUGCUUGUCUGAAUUUGCAGUAUAACUGUAAUUUAAAAAACAUGGAGCUCUAUGCUGCUAAUGCUUAAUACUACUGCUUCAAGUUUGUAGUUCCCACCUUUUCCCUUUUCUGUACUAAUAACAAGCAAGUCUUAUUAAAUAUAGUUGUAUGA